UAUCAUUUUGCAGGGGCUAUAUGCUGUUUAGUGAUAUCAAGUGCUGUAACACUUUCUGUGCCAUUUUUCAUUGGAAAAAUCAUAGAUCUAAUUUACACGUCAGAGAAAGAGAAUAUGUUAUCAACACUGAGGACAUUCUGUGCAAGUUUAAUUGUUAUCUUCAUAAUUGGUGGCCUUGCUAAUUUUGGCAGAGUGUACAUCUUACAAAGUGCCAGUCAGAGGAUUGUUAAACAAUUAAGAGAAAAACUGUUUACCAGGAUCAUGCACCAAGAGGUCGGUUUCUUUGACAAGACCAAAACUGGUGAGUUGAUCAACAGACUGGCAGUGGAUACACAGGUUGUAGCACAGUCUAUGUCGCAGAACAUUUCGGAUGGAUUUCGUGCUAUUUUACAAGCAUCAACAGGAAUUGGUAUGAUGGUUAGUAGCCUCUUUCAUUGAAAUAAAUAUUUUUUAUUUCAUUUGGUUUUCUUUCUCACAAGUUAAUCCUAAUGAAUGAUAUUGCAGUUUAUGUCUGUCAGCAGUUAUAAACAAGAAUGCAUUUCAAGUCACAGGAAGACUAAAAAGAUAAAUCAGUAAAUUUUACAAUUUUAUAAAAAUAAAAUAAGGCUAAUUGAGCUCAGACUGCUUUUUCUAUAACUCUUUAAUCAAUAUUUUUGGUACUGUUGUUAAACAUCUCAAUGAUUUUUGUUUAAAAUAAUGAAUUCAAUGGGGUUUUUGUCAGGGCUAUAAAUCAUUUUAUCCUCCUUAUUAUAAAAUGUUGCUUUACAUCUAUUCUAGAGCUUUAUAUCAGCCAAGUUAACUCUGAUAUCAAUGGGUAUUGUACCACCUGUUGCCAUAGGUUCCAUUAUAUAUGGUCGUUACCUGAGGAAGAUCACAAAGCAAGUUCAGAACUCCCUUGCUGAUGCCACACAGGUAAACUAAAGAAUUAUAACCCAAUUCUGAUAAAAUAUCAAUUCUUUGUUUUCAAUUUUAAAAAUUAGUAUUUUCAUUUUCUGUUAUUUGAAUACCUAAACUCCCUAGUGUUUUUAAAAGGAAAAAUGAGAUUAACCUAGUUUUUAUUUGUGUAUCCAAAUUCAUACAGUGCUGUUUUAUGUGCUUUUAAUUGAAAUCAUUUAUCAUAUAUAUCUUGCUCUCUCAGGUUGCUGAGGAGAAAAUCGCCACAAUAAGAACUGUUCGUGCAUUUGCACAUGAACCAAAAGAAUGCAAAGCCUACAGUGAUGGCGUGGAAAAAGUUCUUCAGCUGUCCUAUAAGGAGUCCUUAGCUCGUGCUAUUUUCUGGGGUUUUGUAAGUACUCAUUAUAAGCAUUAGAAUUUUUUUUAAAAUUCCUACAAUGUAUUCUCUUAAUAUUCUCCUCAGUCUGUUAGUGAUAUAAGGGAUUUUACAAAACCACUGUUAAAAAAAUGUUUUAACAGAGUAAUCUAGUAUAUUUUUCCUAAUCGAAUCAUUUAAAAACAGAGAUAUCAAUAAAAAGUAAUUUGAUCAUUGUAACAGACCUGUUUACCCUCAAACCCUUAAAAUCGUACAAUAUCAUCAUAAAAUCGUUCAAUACCUUAUAUUUAUAGUAAAAAACAAACAUACAGUAUAUAUAAUGUUUACACCUCAAAAUCGUACAUUGUACGCCAAAAUCGUAAGAGUAAACAGGUCUGAUGUAAUGGAUUUAGGAAAAUACAUUGUACUAUGUUAAAGUAACUCCAUUGAAAUUUGUUUAUUACUCUUCAGACAGGGUUUUCUGGAAAUGUGAUAAUAAUCUCUGUGUUCUACUUCGGAGGCCACAUGAUGGCAGAGUCCAACAUCUCAAUGGGAGACUUAACUGCAUUUUUGUUGUAUGCUGCAUAUGUUGGUGCUUCUUUGAAUGGUAUGUGCUCCUAAGUCAUCAUUAAAUUAACAUGAAUGAAAAUGAUUUAUUAAAUGAUAACUUAGAUUUGGUAUUUUGAUUCAAAUAGUUCUUCAAGUGAAGGUAGUUUUGUUUGAGCCAUAUUACUUGCCGUCUUGAUAAGUAUAUUGAAUGGGUGUUAAAUGAGAAGCGAUGAAUUCCCACACUAGCGGGCACCAGUGAUAUUCGGCAGCGCCAAAAUUGUGUCAUUUUUGUAAGAAAGAAAAGUCUUUAACUUUGUUAUAGAGAAUUAAAGAUUGUGUAGCAAUCUUACAAUUUUUCACUAAAUCUAACAAUUGAAUAAUUUUUAUUUUAUAGGUAUCACAAGUUUUUAUACGGAAUUGAAUAGAGGAGUUGCAGCUAGUGAGAGAAUCUGGAAUCUCAUUGAUCGCAAGCCACUCAUAGGUAUAGUAGUUAUUGACUGACAUUUUCUGAACAACUCAAAGGUAUAGUAGUUAAUGAUACUUGCAAAGGAUUAGACCACAGUUAGAUAAAAGAUUUUAUACACUACUAUUUCAUGAUAUUUUUCUCAGAGCUAGAUUCCAUGUCUAAGCCCGCAAUCACACUGAAUGCUAUUGAAGGGGAAAUCGGCAUGAAGAAUAUGGCAUUCAGUUAUCCCUCCAGACCGGAUGCAAAAAUCUUUUCUGAUCUGUCACUCAGUAUACCUGCUGGAUCUAUCACAGCCAUUGUUGGGCCAAGUGGUUCAGGAAAGUCAACUCUGGGUGCACUUCUGCUGAGGUUUUAUGAUCCUGAUGCAGGUAAAAUGUCAGCUAAAAUAUUUUGGUGAAAAGUUUAAACAAAAUUAUUUGGUAGACCAGCACAUAUCAUGUGUUACAUUGAAACCUGAAAAAAAAAAAUUAAUGCCCUUUAAUAGCUCAUGCCUAAUAAUAAACUUGUUGAUGGAAGUAAGAUCAUUUUUUAUGUAAUGCUCAGUCUGUAGUGUAUGAAAACAUUGCAUUUUAUUGUUUAAAAUUUACACUAAUUGUGUUUUCUUUAUGGAUAAAACUACAUGAUUGCAGAAAUAUAUUGGCUUUUUUGUGUUGGAGCUUAAAUUAUUUGAAGAAAUGUUUGCUAUAAAAUAUGGAGCUAGCAAUGCCUUUAAAAUUAUUUAUUGAAUCUUUCUUCUUACAAUUACAAGGAAUAAUAACUCUUGAUGGACAUGAUAUUCGGGACUUUGAACCCAGGUGGUUGAGAUCAAAGAUUGGAAUAGUUAGUCAGGUAAAUCUAAAGUUUUUUUUUUUUUUUUUUUACAAUUAAAAGUCUUAUUUAUAAUUAAUUUUCUCAUCAAAUUUAAAAAAAAAAAAGAAUAUGUUUUCUUAAGUAUCUGUGAUGGCCCUAGACAAGAUAAGCCUAAUGCCAAAUUCAGACCUUUGUACAUAUUUGUUAGCAAUAAGCCCGUAUUCACAAAUAUCGGAAUUAAACAUUAGAACCUGAUCAAAAUUAAACGAUUUUUCCACUACUAUUGAAAACACAUCUGAAAAUAAAACCUUUGUUCAGACUUAGCUUAAAACUUAAAAAAUAGCAUCCAUUUAUUUCCCAUUUUGUUACUAAUUUUAGUAAUUGACUUAUGGCAAAUACACGCAAAUACUAAUUAACACACAUACUCUGAUUGAGCUUACACUCUUAAAGCCCUGGCUAGUACUCUGCUGGGCUUUGCCAUAUAAUGUCAUAACGUAGGACUCUCUCUCUCGCCACCCUGGCCUUCCCCGCAAUAUCCAGUGCAGGGCAUGAAGUCAGCUGAUGAGCUGGUGUCUCCAGGGCCUGUUGCUUUCUAGCCUGUUGAAGAGUGCUUUAGCAGGGCAGUGCUUGGUUCUCAUUUGUUGUCUGCCACCUGAUUUCCAGGGAGCGGCAUGUUAGCAAAUACUCCUGGCCUUUGUGCUGUCUGCUCAUUGUCUGUACCACUUUGUUCAAAAGUGAUCAGCUAGUCAGUUUUUGACACCAAGUUAAGUGACUGGUGUUUCUGACUGAGACGGAGCCUCUAACAUUUACGUGGCUUGGUAUCCAUCGCCAUAUUUUCAAUACUGCACCACUCAAUGUGGCUGUUAUAUAGGUAAGGUUUUUGAAUGAGUUUUGACUGAAGCAUUUUUUGCAAGCUGCUUCAAUUAUAUUCUAUCAUUCUAUCGCAGGAGCCAAUUUUAUUCUCAACUACCAUUAAAGAGAACAUUUCAUAUGGAUCAGAGAUUCCUGAAACUGUUCAAAUGGAUGAAAUAAUAUAUGCAGCUAAGAAAGCCAAUGCCUACAACUUCAUUCAGGAAUUUCCAGAUGGUUUCAAUACUUUAGUUGGUGAAAGGGGAAUAAUGUUGUCAGGUAUAGUAAUUAUGUACUGUCACUUUAAUUAGAUGAUGAUGUCAUCAGUUUUUGUGCUGUUGUUGUUAAUCAUGGGUCUCUGAACUAUAAUGAAUGGACUUACUGUUGAAUAGUUUUCAAUUAUAUGUUAAAAACCUAAUCUACCUAUCAGAUAGCAAACAAGAAAUUUGUGUAAGUCUUAAUAACUUCUAAGAAAAUGAUUUUAGAACAAAAACUGUGCUACUCAUAGUGUCUAGAGCUAACUUAUUAUUGUGAUUAUUACAGUAAAACAAGCUAAAGACGUGGUUACAUGCACAUUAAUUUGGUAUUGCUUUACUUGUGAGCAUACAUAAAAUUUUCAUUAUCCAAACCUGAUAAAACUUUAAAUUUGACACAGCAUUAGAUCUUUUUUGUUUUGUUUGCUGAAUAUAUAACAAUUCUUUUUACAGGAGGUCAGCGGCAAAGAGUUGCCAUUGCCCGAGCAAUUCUAAAGGUAAAUUUAUUAAAUUUUUUUGAUUUAGUAAACUAAAAAGAAAUCAGCAAUUAUACACCAAUUAUACAUUCACAUUUUGUGACUUAAAUUAUGUAAUUUUUAAAACAUUUAUUUUCACAGAGGUCCCCUUCUUUAUAAUGAACAUUAUUUUUCAUGUAAACUACAUUUUCAGAAUCCCAAGAUUCUUAUACUUGAUGAAGCAACCAGGUAAUUUAUAUAAACGUUUAAGUUUUAGAUGGAAAAACAUUUUCAACCAGAAAUUUUAUUCAAGUUGAAGGGCAGACAUAUUUAUGAAACCCGUUUACAAAAACUGAAAACAUUGUUGAAUAAAUGGGGCAUCAUUAUGGGUCUCUGAAACAAAUUUAUUAAUUUAAUUAUAUUUAUACCAAGAUUUGAAUUUUGAAUUAUAAUACAUCUUCAAGCAGGGGUCUGGGAACUUUUUAGCCAUUACUCCAAUAUAUAUUUGUUUUAUCUGACGUUUUCCCUGAUUUGAAAGGAGUAAAAUCAUAGAUUAUUUACAUUCAAUAUGGUUAUUCAAUCUAUUUGAACGCAAAAUAAAUGUAUAAAUAAAUAAACAUACAAAAUAAAUGCAAUUAAAGAAAUUAAUAAAAUCCUUAGUUAAGGAACAAAAGGAUUUCAUGGGGAAAAAAGAUUAACUUAAAUGGAGAAGUGAUGUUUUAUUUUUUAUGCAAACAAUAACAAAUUAGGAGAGCAAUUUGGAAGGGGGGCAUUAUUAUAUUAUGUAUGCACUGAGUGGGGCAAAAAGGGGUUGUUGAUUUAGAAGAUUUUUCAUGUGGGGCAAAUGGAGAGAGGGGGCUCUCAGGAGGAAGUAUAUACAUUUAUGCACAAAUUCUGCAGUAUAUUAUCCUGAAAUUUUGACGGUUUCUAACAAAACCAACUGUCAUCUGUGAUAUCUAAUUAUUUUCAAAAAGGCUACAAUGUUUCAUAAUUAUCAUAACACAGUGGGUGACACAAAAAAUGGAAAAUAGUAGGCAGUAUUUGACAGAAAUCGAUCAAGUUACCAUUCAAAGAGAGGUCCGAGCAUAUUAACAAUGUAUAUAACCAAGCAAACAAGGCGAAAUCUAAAGAUUGGCAAUUCCUGUGUGAAAGAAAGAGCAUAUAGAGCCUUUAUCCGUCCGAUUUUAGAUUAUGCAUCUUCAGUCUGGGACCCAUUUACCCAGAAGAGCAUUGACAGGUUGGAGGCAGUCCAGCGACGAGCAGCACGCUUUGUCCUAAACCGCUACAGGAAUACCUCUAGUGUUGGCAGCAUGCUAGAAACACUAGGCUGGUCACCAUUGGAGAAACGACGAUGACAAUCCAGGCUCUCCAUGAUGUACAAGAUAAAUAAUGGGCUGGUCCACUGUUCCAGUAUUAAACAGAAACUCGUCCCUCUCCCCCAUAGACAGCGACGAGGCCAUGACAGGCAAUUCAGGCUCAUACCAGCAAGAAGCCAGUAGAGGAGCUGCUCAUUCCUGCCCAAGACAAUCAGGGACUGGAACAAUCUUUCAAAAGGAACCGUUGAGGCGACAACACUAGACACAUUUGUGUCUAUUGCCUCAAGCCUUCAAACCCCUAGUGCAUGAUUUCCUCAUCAACACCAGUAACAGAAACAUUGCAAAUCCCAUCUACAUGCAUAGGAGCCAAAACCCUAGUGCAUGAUUUCCUCAUCAACACCAGUAACAGAAACAUUGCAAAUCCCAUCUACAUGCAUAGGAGCCAAAAUGAUCAAUAAAUUGAUCGUGGGCCCUUAAGAUAUAGAAGAAGAAGAAGUUGGUUUCAUAACAGAUCUAAGUUAAAUGCAUGAGAAAGAAAUAAGAAAAAGAGUGCCACAGCACUUGGUGCCACAAGUCAAAAUGUGCCAUUAUUAUUAUGCUAACUGCAGUUGUGUUGCAAGGGUUAGUGCAACCCUUAGUGGGCCAUGCUUUGCUCUGCCCUCUUCCAUGAAAAAACUGCAAUUGGCAGAAAAUACUGCUGCACAAUAAAAGGGAAAAGUGCGCCGCCCGGGGCAGACCGCUUACUCUGCACCCCUCUUCCUAAGACACUGGCCCGCUACCAAGCAAAUAGUAAACACAACAUUUUAAAUGCAUUUCUCUGUUUACUGGCCAGAUGCAGUGUUGCCAGAAUAAAAUUGUUUUGAUAGAAGAAAGGUUUAAAUAUAUAAUUUGUAAUUUUAUUUAUUUCUCUUGAACCCUCAUUACCCCCAAGAUUUUCAUUUUGGGGUUAUCUUCCCUGGUUGGCCUCCAUCUAUCUUAAAGUUAAAGAGACCCUUUAAAAAAAGGUUACACUGAUAAUUGUUUGUUUUUUUAAUCAGUGCUUUAGAUGCAGAGAGUGAAUAUCAAGUUCAGGAUGCACUUGAGGGCUUGAUGGUUGGACGCACAGUACUGGUUAUUGCUCAUCGCUUGUCAACCAUCAAAUCAGCUGACAAUAUUGUUGUCCUAGAUUCAGGUAAAGUUGUAGAGAGUGGACCAUAUGAUCAUCUGAUUGGCCUGAAAGAUGGAUUGUUCAAAAAACUUGUGGAGAGACAAACCCUUAUAAAAUAA